AUGGAUAUGAAUGAUUAUCUAAACAAAUCACAUGAAGUAUUGAAAUUAAAGCAAUUCGUUACAAUGCCAGCAGUCAAUGGAUUAAGUGUACUGAAAGAAAAUGAAACGAAAAUGAAUCAAUACUUACGUUCUUUAUAUCUCAAAAGUAUAAUUGAACAACCAUUAUAUUAUAGACUUCGAUCCACCAGUGCUUCACUUAGUGUUAUGUACGGUCAGCCGAAAGUACAUCGUAAUGGUUAUCCGUUAAGACCUAUUAUUUCGCCCAUCGGUUCGUACAAUUAUGAAUUGUCAAGACACUUGGCACAACUUAUUCAAAGAUAUCGUACUCCACCUCCAUCAUUUGUCAAAGACUCAUUUCAAUUCGUCGAAAGAAUCAAAAAUAUAGAUUGUGAGGAUGGUCAAAUUAUGAUAAGUUUUGACAUUGAAUCGUUAUACACAAACAUUCCUGUGUACGAAGCCAUCGAAACUGUAUUGAAUCUGAUUUAUGUUGAUGGUAUUAAACCCAAUGAUACUCCAUAUUGCAGAGAUGAGAUGAAAGAAUUAUUAAAAUUAGCGAUAUGUGAUGUUCCUUUCAGAUUUCAAGCAGAGUUAUACAAACAGAAGGAUGGUGUUGCCAUGGGCAGCUGUUUAGCUCCUAUCUUGGCUGACGUAUUUAUGAUUACAUUGGAACAAAAAUUAAAUAAAUUAUCGUUCAACAAACCACAAUUGUAUUUCAGAUAUGUCGACGAUGUAUUCUGUGUAUUUUCAAAAAAACAGAAUUAUGAAGCAUUUCUAAACACCAUUAAUCAAUGGCAUCGAAAUAUUCACUUUACUGUGAAAGUUGAAAAUAAUGGACAAUUGCCGUAUCUUGAUGUUACGAUCAUGAGAAAUAGUAAUGAUAGAACAUAUGACACAACGUUGUACAAGAAGCCUACUGACACCGGGUUAUAUUUAUUAUAUGAAUCCAAUCAAUGUCGAAGGUACAAGCUAGGUCUUAUCAAAACGUUGACAGUACUUAUUCUUCGGAUCUGUUCAACACUACAACUGAUUGAAACACAAGUGAAACGGCUAACAGAUACAUUGGGUGAUAAUGGUUAUCCAUCACAUAUUAUUCGAAAAACGAUUCUUGAGGGGAAGGUCAUUGCAAAACGCUUAGAAAAUCCUAAACAUAGAAAAGUUAUAAAAUCACAAUCAAAGUUAAGGAAUAUAUUCUUCACAUUACCAUAUUUUGGAGAAGAAACGUUUGUAUUGGGACAAAGAAUCAAGAAGCUAUGCAAACAAAUGAUUCCAACAGUGGAUUUGAAAAUUGCAUAUAAAAAAACACUGACAUUGAAAGGUAUAUUUUUACCAAUACAAAAGGGAUUAGAUGAAAGUAAAAAAAUGAAGAAUAUUGUCUAUUCUAUUCCUUGCACAAACUGUGAUUUUAAAUAUUUUGGAGAAACAUCGAGAGACAUUAACAUUCGUAUUGAGGAACACCGUUAUGAUGUGCGCAGCUACGCAUCAAAUUCAAAAAUUGUUCAACAUGUCCAUGGAAAGAAACACGUUAUGGAUUUUAACAAUGCAAUUAGUGUGGCACAUGAAACCAAUUGGAAAAGAAGAAUGAUCAAAGAAAGUCUGCUGACACAUUCAGCUGAUGGAAAGAGUAUUAAUGAUGUGAAAUUCAAAUUGAAUAUUUAUUGA